UUGCCAUUUUCAAGCAUCUCUUCUCUUCCCCAAUACUUUCUUUUCUUUCUCUUUAUUGCAUUUUUUCUUAUCAAUCUAAUAAUAAUCCUCCAUUUGAUCACUAACCAUGGCGAACGCGGCAUCUGGAAUGGCUGUGGACGAUGAAUGCAAGUUGAAAUUUUUGGAGCUUAAAUCGAAAAGGAACUACCGCUUCAUUAUUUUCAAGAUUGAAGAACAACAAGUAAUAGUCGACAAAGUUGGAGGCCCCUCUGAAAGCUAUGAAGAUUUCACAAAUUCUCUUCCUCUCGAUGAAUGUCGCUAUGCUGUCUUUGAUUUUGACUUUAUAACUGAUGAGAACUGCCAGAAAAGCAAGAUUUUCUUCAUUGCAUGGUCACCGGAUACAUCAAAGGUGAGAGCAAAGAUGGUGUAUGCAAGUUCCAAGGACAGAUUCAAGAGAGAAUUGGAUGGAAUCCAAGUUGAGCUGCAAGCAACCGACCCAAGUGAGAUGAGCCUCGACAUAGUAAAAGCACGAGCAAUCUAAUAAUCACCUUUCUUCUACACGAAAAGCUUCAUGAGAUUGAUGAGCUUUCCUUAUCGUUUGUCAACUGCAAACGCAAGAUUCGUUGUUAUUUAAUGUCUUAUUACUAAUUUUUGCAUUAUGGUUUCUUUUAUUUUCGCCGAUAAUAUACAUUUAUCAAUGUAGUUUAAUGUAACAUUACCAUGCGCUUAUAUUGUAAUCUGGAAGAAAUUUGAUUUUGUUUCUUGAAAGGGAUACUUUAUUUGUAUCCAGGCCGUGCCUCUGUAAUA